ACGUUAGACGUCUUAUUGUGGCUAUGUCUCGUGCUAGAUUGGGUCUUUACGUAUUUUGUCGCAGGUCUAUAUUCGAAAAUCGUUAUGAAUUAGGACCUACAUUUAAUGAACUUUUGGAACGUUCUGAUAAAUUACAAUUAAAAAUUAAUGAAAAUGUGGCCCCUCAAAUAGAAAGUGAUGUAUAUGCAAUUGCAGAUGUUACACAUAUUGGAAAAUACGUAUAUCAAAUGAUGCAAGAACAAUUAGCUUUUGCAAAAGAGCAAAAGGCUAAAAUGGAAACAGCGGAAGCAGAAGAGACGGUAUAA